AUGUUGGCAGCAGCUGUGGCUACGUGUAUACUGAUACUGGGAGCCCUGCAGCAGACUACUACUGCUCAAUCUGCAUCCACGGUUGAGCGGUCCGACCACAUGUGCGGCAAAUAUCACGACGGCUCAUGGGCUUAUUGCGACAAGGGACGAUGUUGCAGUAAUAAACACUACUGCGGCGACGACUGGGAGCACUGCAACCAUGGUCAUUGUUGGUACCAAUGUCAUGAGGUUGCAUUUCCUCCUCCUCCAUUUGCUUCUGUUGAUCCUCAAAGUAAUCAUGAUGAAGUAGCUGAUCAAACGGCAGGAGGAGGAGAAGCACGCGCACCUCUUCUACUUAACGCUACGCUUCAUGACCUCUACUUGAAUGGUGAUCAUGAUGAUAAUGAAUAUGAUCUCGUGGAAGUGCGGCCCCGCGCCAAUAUUGCUUCUUCUUCUUCUUCUUCUUUCUCGUCGCCGUUAUCGUGUGCAGCUUCUCUCUCCCGCCUGCCUCUAGCUUCUCGUCACAAGUAUCCUCUUGCUGCUCUACGCGCCCCACGGUCUCGAAACAUGAAUGCUUCUGCUACUCACUGCGGACGUUGUUUGAAGGUCACGAGUUUUGGAGUUGGAGGACUUCCUAAUCAAGUAAAGGUCCGCAUUGCUCACGAGGAUAUCAACCAGUUGGGACUUGAAUUAGAUUUCAGUACUUUCAGACAACUAGAUACAGAUGACAAUGGAAUUACUAAAGGUUGUAUCUUGGCGAUGUAUCAAUUUGUCGGCUGUUAA